ACUCCUCCUUAAACUCCUUAUAUAACUAACACAGUUUCUAUGAACAAUUAGAGGAAGCAAAUCUUAUAUUUGACGCCUUUUGAUUUUCAUGAAAACUACCCUUUUCAUCUCUUCCUCUCUCGACGAAGAAAGGAAGAGAUAAGGGGCAGAGGCAGAGGCAGAGGCAGAGGCAGAGGCCAAGAGGGAACCUAAACUGGUUUAUUCUUGAAUCUUUUUCAGAUUUUCGUCUACUGGUUGUGAAGUUUCAUUAGAGAUCUUUGUGGGGUUUUUUUUGUUUUUGUUUUUGGGUUUUAAUGACGGACGCCAAGAUGUAUGUUUCAACAGAUGAGCUUAGAAACCAUAACAAACCCGGAGAUCUGUGGAUCUCGAUACAGGGGAAGGUCUAUGAUGUUUCAGAUUGGGGUAAAGAUCACCCAGGUGGUGAUCUUCCGCUUUUAAAUCUCGCAGGUCAGGAUGUUACUGAUGCUUUUGUUGCUUAUCAUCCUGGCUCUGCUUGGAAACUUCUUGAUCGUUUCUAUGUUGGGCAUUUGAAAGAUUAUCAGGUUUCUGAGGCUUCUAAGGAUUACAGAAAACUUGUUUCAGAGUUCUCUAAACUGGGUUUAUUUGAAAAAAAAGGACAUAUAACCUUCUUUUCGCUUUGUUUUAUGGCAAUGUUGUUUGCCGUUUGCAUUUGGGGUGUGAUAGGUUCUAAGAAUGUGUGGGUUCAUCUGGGAUCUGGUGGGUUGAUGGGGUUUCUUUGGAUUCAGAGUGGAUGGAUCGGACACGACUCUGGGCAUUACCAGAUCAUGACGGGGCGUCGUCUCAAUCGAUUUACGCAGGUUCUUGCAGGAAAUUGUCUUACAGGUAUCAGCAUUGGGUGGUGGAAGUGGAACCACAAUGCCCAUCACAUUGCCUGCAACAGUCUGGAUUUCGAUCCCGAUCUUCAGCACAUCCCCUUCUUUGCCGUAUCUCCAGCGUUGUUUAACUCGAUCAGGUCGUGCUUCUAUGACAGGAAGAUGACAUUCGAUCCAAUCGCCAGAUUUCUGGUGAGUUACCAGCAUUGGACUUUCUACCCUGUUAUGAUCUUUGCUCGUUUUAAUCUCAUUGCCCAGUCGAUAUUUUUGUUAACAUCUAAGAGAAAGGUCCCAAAUAGAGCUCAGGAGAUUGUUGGGAUGUUGGUUUUCUGGGUCUGGUAUCCUCUACUUGUUUCAUUCCUUCCCAGUUGGGGGGAGAGGUUGAUGUACGUGCUUGCAUGCUUGACUGUUACUGCAACUCAACAUCUUCAGUUUACCUUGAACCAUUUCUCAACAGAAGUCUACGUAGGUCCACCGUGUGGAAAUGACUGGUUUGAGAAACAGACGAUGGGCACACUUGACAUCUUAUGCCCAUCAUGGAUGGAUUGGUUACAUGGAGGAUUACAGUUUCAGGUUGAACACCACUUGUUCCCCCGCUUACCUCGGUGUCAUUUCAGGAAGAUUGCUCCCAUUGUGAGGGAUCUUUGCAAGAAACACAAUCUUCCUUACAACAGUGUUACAUUCUUGGAAGCUAAUAAGAAGACCCUUGCGACUCUUAGCACUGCUGCGUUGCAGGCUCGGGACCUCUCAAACCCUGUUCCUAGGAAUUUGGUCUGGGAAGCAAUUAACACUCAUGGUUGAUGUUUCCCAAUUUUUUGGGAUCUUACUGUUGACUCCACCAACUGCUGAGUUCUCUGUGCGGAUCAUCCAGCAGUGUCUACGGAUGGAGCACCCCAGCUUAGUCAUUGCUUGCAGAUGUUGAUCGUUUGUUCUUUGAUCUCGGUACUCAUAGAUUUCGAUCUUGACCCAUACAGAUUGAGGUUUCAAAUUGUCCAUACAUUUGUUUUACGGAUUUCUUAAGUUUCUUUUUAUAUCUAUCUAUGACUGGAGAUAAAAGUUUAGAGUAAUAGCUACUUAUUUGUAUUCAAUUAUCACAGAUUCUCUAUGAUUUUAUUAGCCUGUUUAUUUGGAUUGUUGAACAUCCAUGUAGCUGUCUGGCUUAUGUUGGGAGGUACACCCUGUUCAGGUCAAUGGAUGUAACAUUUGAAAUUUUGGUUAUCUUCCAAUGCUAUUAUUGCUUUAUUCAA